AUGGCGCUGGCCCUGUGGAUCUUCGGCCUGCUGGCCUCCGCCUGCCUGGUGUCAGCCAACAUCUUUGACCCUGUGCCUACGGGAUCCGUCCUGGUUCCGGAGUCCAGGCCACGCGCUGACGAGCCCCUCUCCGCAGAGUACCAGGUGGACGCCCAGCCGCUCCGUCCCUGCGAGCUGCAGAGGGCCAGGGCCUUCGGGGAGCGAGCCGACCACGUGCCCCAGUGCGCCGAGGACGGCAGCUUCCAGACCGUCCAGUGCCGGAGUGACGGCCGCUCCUGCUGGUGUGUGGGCGCCGACGGCAGGGAGGUGGUUGGCAGCAGGCAGCCCGGGCGGCCCGUGGCGUGCCUGUCCUUCUGCCAGCUGCACCGGCAGCAGGUCUUGCUGAGCGGCUACCUCAACGGCACGGCCGCCUCCUACCUCCCUCAGUGCCAGGAUUCGGGGGAGUACGCGCCGGUGCAGUGUGACGUGCGGCGGGAGCAGUGCUGGUGUGUGGACACGGAGGGCAUGGAGGUGUACGGGACCCGCCAGCGGGGCAGGCCCACGAGAUGUCCCAGGAGCUGUGAGAUUAGGAACCGCCGCCUUCUGCACGGAGUGGGGGACAAGUCGCCCCCGCAGUGUUCUCCGGACGGCGGGUUUCUGCCCGUGCAGUGCAAGUUUGUCAACACCACGGACAUGAUGGUCUUCGACCUGGUCCACGGUUACAACAGGUUUCCAGAUGCUUUCGUGACGUUCAGCGCCUUCCGGAGAAGGUUCCCCGAGGUGUCCGGGUACUGUCACUGCGCGGACAGUCAAGGGCGGGAACUGGCUGAGACAGGUCUGGAGCUGCUGCUCGAUGACAUUUACGACACCGUUUUCGCCGGCCUGGCCCUCGCACCCACCUUCACGGACACCACCCUGUACCGGAUCCUGCAGAGGCGCUUCCUCGCCCUUCAGCUCGUGCUUUCUGGCAGGUUCCGAUGCCCCACGAAGUGUGAAGUGGAGCGGUUCACAGCGACUGACUUCGGUCACGCCUACGUCCCGAGCUGCCACCGAAACGGGGACUUCCAGGCGGUGCAGUGCCAGAGGGGAGGCCCGUGCUGGUGUGCGGACGCCCAGGGCAAGGAGGUCCCGGGGACUCGGCGGCAGGACGCGGCGCUGCCUUGCGCUGACGCCGGGUCCUGCUCCUCCGAGAGGCGGCGGGCCCUGUCCAGACUCCGCUUCGGGCCCUCGGGCGACCUCGUGACCUCCCGGAGAGGAGCCGGAGGGGCCCUGCCCUGCCCGCCCGCCAUCAAGGAGCUCUUUGUGGACUCGGGGAUCCUCCGCUCCCUCAUCGAGGGGCAGAACCCACCGUUUCCCGCCGCAGGGAGUCUCCUCCCAGAAGCCAUCCGAGGGCUUUUCCCCUCCCGCGAGCUGGCUCGUCUUGCCCUUCAGUUUACCGCCAACCCAAAGCGCCUCCAGCAGAACCUCUUUGGGGGGAGAUUUUUGGUGAACGUCGGCCAGUUUAACUUGUCGGGAGCCCUUGGCACAAGAGGCAGCUUUAACUUCAGUCAGUUUUUCCAGCGACUCGGCCUCCCAGGCUUCCAGGGCGGAGGAGGACUUGUCAAUCAAGCCAAACUCCUCUCUGCGGGACUGGAUUCGAAUGCUACUGUGGAAACGCCAGGAGCCGCGAAGGAAGGCAGGGCUAUGAAUAAGACAAUUGUGGGCAGCUUUGGCUUCGAGGUCAACGUGCAAGAGAACCAAAACGCCCUGAAAUCCCUCGCUUCUCUCCUGGACCUUCCGGAAUUCCUUCUGUUCCUGCAGCACGCGGUGUCUGUGCCGGAAGACAUAGCCAGGGAUUUGGGUGACGUGAUGGGAAUGGUGCUCAACUCCCAGGGCUGUGAGUCGACACGCAGCGGCCUUUUUGUCCCGUCAUGCACGGCAGAAGGAAGCUACGAGGAUGUCCAGUGCUUUGCCGGAGAGUGCUGGUGUGUGGACUCCCAGGGCAAAGAACUGCCCAGCUCCAGGGUGAGAGGUGGACGGCCACGGUGCCCCACAGAGUGUGAGAAGCAAAGGGCUCAGAGGCUAAGCCUCGCGGGCAGCCAGCCCGCAGGCUCCAGUCUGUCCGUGCCUUCCUGUACCCGCCAGGGGCACUUCUUACCUGUUCAGUGCUUCGACUCCGAAUGCUACUGUGUGGACGAGGAGGGUCAGGCCAUUCCUGGAACUCAAAGUGCACCUGGGCGACCCCAGCAGUGCCCCACACCCUGUCAGCUGCGGGCCGAGCGCGCCUUCCUCGGGGCCGUGUGGACCCUGGUCUCCAACUCCAGCCUGCCGCCCGCUCUCUCCAGCGUCUACAUCCCGCAGUGCAGCGCCCGCGGGCGGUGGAGUCCCGUGCAGUGUGACGGGCCCCCUGAGCAGGCCUUCGAGUGGUACGAACGGUGGAGGGCCCAGGACAACGGUGGCCGGGAGCUGACGGCGGCCGAACUGCUCACGAAGGUCCUGAGCUACAGAGACGCAGCCUCCGGCAGCUUCCGUCGCUUCUUGCAAAGUCUGUAUGAGGCUGGCCAGCAGGGCGUCUUCCCCGGGCUGGCCAGGUACUCCUCUCUCCGCGAGGUCCCACCAGCCGUGCUGGACGGGAACCGGACCCGGCCCGGGGGCAACGUCCUCCUGGAGCCCUACCUCUUCUGGCAGAUCCUACGCGGCCAGCUCCGCCGGUACCCAGGGCCCUACUCGGACUUCAGCGCCCCGUUGGCGCACUUGGACCUGCGGACCUGCUGGUGUGUGGACGAAGCCGGUCAAGAACGGGAGGGCACCCGGACCGAGCCAGGCGAGGUCCCCGCAUGUCCCGGCUCCUGCGUGGACGCUCAGCUGCGUGCUCUGCAGUUCAUCGCGGACUCGGAGGAGGUGGUCUUGGCUUCCAACAGCUCCUGGUUCCCUCUGGGGGAGAGUUUGCUGGCGGCCUCGGGAAUCCGGCUGAGCAACGAGGAGCUCGGCCUGCCCCCCGGCUCUCCACCCCGGGAGGCCUUCUCCCAGCAGUUUCUGCGCGGCAGCGAGGAUGCCCUUCGCCUGGCAGCGCAGUCCACCUUCGACUUCUAUCAGAGUCGCCGCUCUUCCCCCGCCGUCUCCUCCGGAGCGUCCCGCCUGCGGUCCAGCCCCUACGUGCCCCAGUGUGACGCGUUUGGAAACUGGGAGCCCGUGCAGUGCCACGCGGGGACCGGGAACUGCUGGUGUGUGGACGGGAAGGGACAGUACGUGCAGGCCUCGCUGACUGCCCGCUCCUCCCAGGCCCCCCAGUGCCCCUCCGCCUGUGAGAGAGCGCGAGCCAGCGGGCUGCUCUCCAGCUGGAAACAGGCCGGGUCCCAGGGAGACCCUUCCCCCGAAGACCUCUUCAUCCCAACCUGCCUGGAGACAGGAGAGUUUGCCAGGCUGCAGGCGACGGAGGCUGGCAUCUGGUGUGUGGACCAGGCCUCAGGGGAGGGCACCCCGCCCCGCACCAACAGCAGUGCCCAGUGCCCGGGCCUCUGUGAAGCACCCCAGGGCAGCAUCCUCUCCGGGACGGCCAGCCCAGGCUAUACCCCGGCCUGCGGGGCCGAGGACGGAGGCCGGUCCCCAGUCCAGUGUAGCCCGGCCCAGGAGAGCUGCUGCGCCUUCCCCCUGCGGCCGCUGGAGUGCAGCCUGGAGAGGAGACGCUGGCUGUCGCAGCCACCCCAGCCCCGGGCCUGCCAGCGGCCCCAGCUGUGGCAGACCCUGCAGACCCGAGCCCAGUUCCAGCUCCGGCUCCCGCCGGGCAAGAUGUGCAGCGCCGACUACGCGGGCCUGCUGCUGGCCUUCCAGGCCUUCGUCUCGGACGAGCUCACAGCCCGUGGCUUCUGCCAGGUCCAGGUGCAGACGGUCGGGACCCCUGUUACCGUUCCUGCCUGUGACGACUCCGCGGUGCGGGUGGAGUGUCUGACCCAGGAGCGUUUGGGAGUGAAUGUCACGUGGAAGUUGCGGCUCGAGGACGUCCCACCGGCCUCUCUCCCCGAUCUGCGUGACGUCGAGGAAGCCUUGGGCAAGGGCCUCGCGGGGCGCUUCGCGGAUCUGAUCCGAAGCGGCGAGUUCCGGCUGCAUCUGGAUGCCAAGACGUUCCCAGCAGACACGUCCCUCCGCUUCCUCCACGGGGACAGCGUGGGCACCUCGCCCAGGACCCGCUAUGGGUGCCUGGAAGGAUUCCACCCAGUCUCGGCCCCCAGCGACGCCAGUCAGGACCCACUGGGGUGCGUGAAGUGUCCCGAAGGAAGCUACUCCCAGGACGAGCAGUGUGUUCCCUGUCCCGCUGGAUUCUACCAGGAACAGGCCGGGAGCUUGACCUGCACCCCGUGUCCUGUGGGCAGAACCACCAUUUCCGCCGGCGCGUUCAGUCGGACUCACUGCGUCACCGACUGUCAGAGGAACGAGGCCGGCCUGCAGUGUGACCAGGACGGCCGGUACCGCGCCAGCCAGAGGGCCAGGGACAGUGGGAAGGCCUUCUGUGUGGACGACGAGGGGCAGAGGCUGCUGUGGUCCGAAACGGAGGCCCCGCUCACGGACUCCCAGUGUCUGAUGAUGCAGAAAUUUGAGAAGGUUCCGGAAUCGAAGGUGGUCUUCGACACCGAGGUUGCCUCGGGAGUCAGGUCCCAAGUUCCUGGCUCUGAGUUCCCCCUGGCGCAGUGCCUGGCAGGCUGUGCCGUGGAUCCGGCCUGCAGCUUCCUCACAGUGUCCACGGUGGGGUCAGACGUCUCCUGUGACUUCUAUGUUUGGACAAGUGACAGCAUCGCCUGCACAGCUUCUGGUCAGGGUCAAGGCGGGGUGGGGAACGAGAAGGCCACUGGCUUUGGAAGUCUCAGGUGCCAGGUGAAGGUGCCGCCCAGGGACCAGGGUUCCGUGGCUGUGUAUCUGAAGAAGGGCCAAGAAUUCAGCACGAGAAGUCGGAAAAGCUUUGAACGAACCGGUUUCCAAAACGCGCUCUCGGGGAUGUACAGCCCCUCUGUGUUCGCGGGCCCGGGGGCCAGUCUGACGGAGGCGCACCUCUUCUGCCUCCGCGCGUGUGACCGGGACGCGUGCUGCGAUGGCUUCAUCCUCACGCAGGUCCAAGGAGGUCCCAUCGUCUGUGGCCUGCUGAGCUCCCCCGACGUCCUGCUCUGCCAUGUCCAAGACUGGAGGGACCCCUCCACAGCCAUGGUGAAUGCUACAUGUCCCGGGGAGACAGCCGGCCAGGGCAGCCGCCCGGGGACACUGCUCCUGGGCGGCCAGGAGUUCCAGGGCCCGAACCCCCAGGAAGGGACUCAGGGCCCCCUGACCAGUUUCCAGCAGGUCUAUCUCUGGAAAGAUUCUGACAUGGGGUCUCGGUCCGAGUCCAUGGGCUGUAGAAGGGACAUGGGACCAAUGUCAGCACCUCCACCAGAAGCAGAUAUGACGUCACAGCUCUUCUCCCCUGUGGACCUUACCCAGGUCGUCGUCAGUGGGAACCGGUCCCUGCCCAGCCGGCAGCACUGGCUGUUCAAACACCUGUUCUCACCUCAGCAGGCAAACCUGUGGUGCCUUUCCCGCUGUGCCCAGGAGCCCUCGUUCUGUCAGCUGGCCGAGAUAAGAGACAGCGCACCCUCGUACUUCACCUGCACCCUCUACCCAGAGGCCCGGGUGUGUGAGGAUGUCCUGGAGCCGCGUCCCACGGGCUGCAGGCUGAUCCUGCCCCGCAGGCCGAGCGCCCUGUUCCGGAGGAAAGUUGUUCUGAAAGAGACAGUGACGAACUUUUAUACCCGCCUGCCAUUCCAAACGCUGACCGGGAUUUCCAUUAGAAGCAAAGUGCCCAUGUCCGGCAAGUCCAUCUCCAACGGGUUCUUCGAGUGUGAACGACUGUGCGACGUCGACCCGUGUUGCUCCGGCUUUGGCUUUCUAAACGUUUCCCAGUUAACAGGAGGAGAGGUGACAUGCCUAACUCUGAACAGCUUGGGACUUCAGACCUGCAGUGAGGAAAGUGGAGGAACCUGGCGCAUUUUGGACUGUGGCUCUCCCGACACCGAGGUCCGCACCUAUCCCUUCGGAUGGUACCAGAAGCCUGUCGCUCAAAAUGGUGCUCCCGGCUUCUGCCCUUCGGUGGCUCUGCCUUCCCUCCCGGAGAAAGUGGCUCUGGACGCGUGGCAGGCCCUGGGCCUCUCCGCAGCAGUGGUGGACCCGUCCAUCAGGAGCUUCGAUGUCGCCCACAUCAGCACGGCUGCCGCCGGCGACUUCUCUGCUGCCCGAGACCUCUGUUUGCUGGAGUGUUCCCGUCACCAAGCCUGCCAGGUCACCACUCUGCAGACCCGCCCUGGUGCUCUGAGGUGUGUGUUCUACCCUGAUACCCAGAUCUGCACACACAGCCUGCAGGCCCAGCACUGCCAGCUUCUGUUGCGAGAAGAGCCCACCCACAUCUACCGGAAGCUGAACACCCCUCUGCUCGGCUUUGGGACAUCUGCACCUUUUGUGACCAUCACCCCCCACGGCCAGCUGCUGGGCAGGUCCCAGGCCAUCCAGGUGGGCACUUCGUGGAAGCAAGUGGACCAGUUCCUGGGAGUGCCCUAUGCUGCCCCGCCCCUGGCGGAGGGCCGCUUCCGGGCACCGGAGCCCUCCAACUGGACUGGGUCCUGGGCUGCCACCAAGCCGCGGGCCCGCUGCUGGCAGCCAGGGGUCAGGACGCCCACACCGUCCGGGGUCAGCGAGGACUGCUUGUAUCUCAACGUGUUUGUCCCUCAGAAUGUGGCCCCCAACGCGUCCGUACUGCUGUUCUUCCACAACAUGGAGGCCGGGGCUGACGACGGGAGCCUCGCCCUGGACGGUUCCUUCCUGGCUGCUACUGGCCACCUCAUCGUGGUCACUGCUGGCUACCGAGUGGGCAUCUUCGGCUUCCUGAGUGCUGGGGCCAGCGCGGUGAGUGGCAACUGGGGGCUGCUGGACCAGGCGGCGGCUCUGACCUGGGUGCAGACCCACAUCGCAGCGUUUGGCGGGGACCCUCGGCGGGUGACCAUGGCAGCCGACCGCGGCGGAGCCGACGUGGCCAGCAUCCACCUUCUCACCACCGGGGCUGGCGGCUCCAGACUCUUCCGGAGAGCCGUGCUGAUGGGUGGCUCCGCACUCUCCCCCGCCGCCGUCAUCAGCCCGGAGCGGGCACAGCAGCAGGCAGCUGCCUUGGCGCUGGAGGUCGGCUGCCCCGCCUCGCCCAUCCAGGAAAUGACAUCCUGCCUCCGCCAGAAACCCGCCGACACCCUCAACGACGCCCAGACCAAGCUCCUGGCUGUGAGCGGCCCCUUCCACUACUGGGGCCCCGUGCUCGACGGCCAGUUCCUGCGAGAGGCUCCGGCCAGAGCGCUGCAGAGGGCGCCGCGGGCCACGGUGGACCUGCUCCUCGGGAGUUCGCAGGACGACGGGCUCAUCCGCCGGGCGAAGGCCGUGAAGCAAUUUGAGGAAAGUCAAGGCCGGACCAGUAGCAAAACAGCCUUCUACCGGGCGCUGCAGAACUCGCUGGGUGGCGAGGACGCGGACCCCGGCGUGCUGGCCGCCGCCACGUGGUACUACUCCCUGGAGCACUCUGCCGACGACUACGCCUCCUUCUCCCGGGCCCUGGAGAACGCCACCCGGGACUACUUCAUCACCUGCCCCGUGAUCGACAUGGCCCGCCACUGGGCGAGGAGGGCCCGCGGAAACGUGUUCCUGUACCACGCUCCCCAGAGCUACGGCCACGGCAGCCUGGAACUGCUGGACGACGCCCAGUAUGCCUUCGGGCUGCCCUUCCACCCUGCCUACGGGGGGCAGUUCACUCCGGAGGAGAAGCGCACAGCGCUGAAAGUCAUGCAGUACUUCAUCGACUGUAUCCGAUCCGGGAAUCCCAACUACCCGCACGAGUUCUCACGGAAAGGGCCUGAAUUCGCAGUCCCCUGGCCCGACUUCGUCCCUGGCACCAACGGGGAGAACUACAAGGAGUUCAGCGCCCAGCUCCCCAAUCGACGGGGCCUGAAAAAGGCCGACUGCUCCUUCUGGUCCAAGUACAUCCGGUCCCUGAAGGCGCCUGCAGAUGAAGCCAAGGAUGGGCUGUCAGCAGGGAGUGAAGAGGAGGAGCAGCCGGCAGGCUCUGGCCUGAGAGAAGACCUCCCAGAUCCAGGCUCCAAGAGCUACAGCAAGUAACCAAUCCCAAGACUUCCACCCACCCUGCCACCGCCCCCUCAACUUGCCCUUUCCCUCCCCCCACCCCCAGGCUGCCACCUGGGCUCCUUGUUCUCUGGAAUCGCCCCUGGCUUUCAAUAAAGUGUCAA